AUGGAGUCCUGGGAUGUGGCUUGUGUCUUCCAGGCUCAGGAGGUAUACCAGAGGUAUAGCAAAUACUGGUGCCGAGGACAGUAUGACGCAACAUGUGAGAAGAUCGUGGAGACCAAGGGAGAAGAGAAAGAAGAGAGGAGUGGGCGUGUGUCCAUCAGAGACCAUGCUGAUAACCUCACCUUUAUAGUGACCAUGGAGAACCUCACUGCAGACGAUGCUGGAUCCUACUGGUGUAGAAUUCAGACAGUAUGGCUCCUGGAUGUGUGGUCACAUGACCCUUCAUUCCACGUUAACGUGUUUGUUUCCACAGGCUCUUUGUCCCUGACGGGCCCCAGCUCUGUGACAGGCACCUUGGGUGGCUCUCUGUGCGUGCAGUGUUGGUACAAGGAGGUAUACCAGAGGUAUAGCAAAUACUGGUGCCGAGGACAGUAUGACGCAACAUGUGAGAAGAUCGUGGAGACCAAGGGAGAAGAGAAAGAAGAGAGGAGUGGGCGUGUGUCCAUCAGAGACCAUGCUGAUAACCUCACCUUUAUAGUGACCAUGGAGAACCUCACUGCAGACGAUGCUGGAUCCUACUGGUGUAGAAUUCAGACAGUAUGGCUCCUGGAUGUGUGGUCACAUGACCCUUCAUUCCACGUUAACGUGUUUGUUUCCACAGGCUCUUUGUCCCUGACGGGCCCCAGCUCUGUGACAGGCACCUUGGGUGGCUCUCUGUGCGUGCAGUGUUGGUACAAGGAGGUAUACCAGAGGUAUAACAAAUACUGGUGCCGAGGACAGUAUGACGCAACAUGUGAGAAGAUCGUGGAGACCAAGGGAGAAGAGAAAGAAGAGAGGAGUGGGCGUGUGUCCAUCAGAGACCACGCUGAUCAUCUCACCUUUAUAGUGACCAUGGAGAACCUCACUGCAGACGAUGCUGGAUCCUACUGGUGUAGAAUUCAGACAGUAUGGCUCCUGGAUGUGUGGUCAUAUGACCCUUCAUUCCACGUUAACGUGUUUGUUUCCACAGCACCAAGUAAAACCACAGGGAGGACCACAUGUCAAGCUGUACCUGCUGCCUUUCCGGGGCUGAACACCAACCAGAACCUCAGCAUGGAGGAGCCGUUGACCUGCUGCUCAGGGUCCUUGCUCAGCAGUGUCCACUUCCUGCUCCUGGUCUUCCUGAAGCUUCCCCUGUUCCUGACAUUGAUCGGCGCUGUCCUCUGGGUGAACAGGCCUCCGAGGGGCUGUGGAGGAAUUAAGCCGAAGGAAGAUAAUCCACAAUGUAGUGCACCGUUCCCAGGAAGGCCCUGUCCAGGAACGUAGCUCCUUGGCCUGGACAAGAGAGACGUUCAGACUCCAGACUCCAGGGCAGGGGGAGCUGCUGUGCCUGGAUCCUGGAGGGACCCAGGUCUUCUUGGGAGUAUGGGUCCUGUGUCUCGAGGGAGAAUCCUGGUUCUCAGAGGACAUUUGCUCUGAGUCCUCAGGAAGGACGAGUCUCCUGGGCUCAUGCUCGGGGGGUCCUCCGUUCUCCACCCCCGAACCCCUAGCUCCUUGCCCUCAUGCCUACCUCCCAAGGGCAAGAAUUUCUUGCCACAAAAGCUUCCGGGUUCAGUGUUCCCCCAGGGCAAUAACCACCUCCUUCCUGCAGCCAGGAGGCUCCGUGGGAUGGCAGGUUGCCACAGCCACCAUGGGGCACACCAGUCCUGGGAAGGACUCAGGUGGUUUUGAGUGCUUGUCAAUGGCCCCCUUCCGAAAGUGUGCAGGGAGGAACACAGUCUGUCACGAGCACGCGUCCCCAGCUCCACUCAGCUCCUCGCAUCUAGACCAGCCCUCUCGUCUCCACCACACAAAGCCAGUGAUGCCAGUUUCCAGAAAACACUCGAGCUCCUCAGUGCUGCAUUUGCAGGCAGGGAGGCCAUGCUCGGAACCCAAGCUCCGGCGUGGCUUCUGUUAGGGGAGGACCCCUCGUGACACCUUCCAGGAGAGCUGGCACUGGUCCAGGACUCCACCGAAGGAGAAAUUCAGCCAAAGAGGCACAUAUGGGCCAUAUGAUAAAACACACACAAGGCAAUGUAGGAAACACAAUGCUGGGCAAGAGAGAA